CCGGUCGCACGCUCCGAUUCGGACCGUUCCGAAUUCAAAAUUCAAAUUUUCGUGUUCCGUUAUGCGGUUUUGAAUUUUCGAAAAUGGAAAUCAGUGCAAUGCCGCCGAUGCCGCUUGACUUUUCUAUGGUGCGUAGUGGAAGCGGCUCGCCGGCGAUGCGCGAAGGAUCGCCGAGGCCCGUCUCGAAUAGCGCCUUCAGAGUUGUCACGCCGAAAGGAGUGUCGGCGAGUGAAGCACUUCGGAACGGCAUCUGCCAGUCUCUGUGGGGGGCUUCUGCCAACCGAUCGGAGCCCCGGCUGGCUUCCCCACCUCCAGCUCAAAGCCAGGACACCUUCUCUGCAAGAGAUGAAAUCAAGUUCGGCAUCAAUCGUCUAGUCGGCGAUAAGACCAAUGAAGACGAAGAUGACCACAACAAUGACCAAAGAACCGAAAACGUCUCUCCAGGAUCGCGAUGUGACAGUCCAUGCUGGGCGCCAUCGCCUCAAUCCCCAAGAUCGGUCCGCUCAUCGUCUCCUGAACUGGAAGUAGAUUCUCCUCCAUCUUCUCCACGAAGACCUCCAGAUUCCUCGUCACCUCCGAAGAGAUCCGAAGCGUUUUCCAUGAGCGUUCUCUUACGACCUGAUGCUCCGAGAGUGCAACCGCAAAGGCCGUAUUUAUAUCCCCCGUUGCCAUUCGCGGAGUUUUUGAGAGAUGCGGGCAGUUUGGGUCUGCCUUGGGGAGGGUAUAGUAAUUUCUACCUUCAUGCGGUGCAGGCAGCAGGGCCGGAGUUUCUCAGGCUUCGGGCAGCUGUUCUUGGCGCUCAGAGUCCUUUGUCCAGACCGUUGCCGAUCGGAGAUGUGUAUUCCUGUGUCAAGUGCGAGAAGAUGUUCAGCACACCCCACGGAUUGGAGGUCCAUGCAAGAAGGUCCCAUAACGGAAAGCGACCUUUUGCUUGUGAACUGUGCAGUAAGACGUUUGGACACGAGAUCAGCUUGAGUCAACACAGGGCGGUGCACAGCGUUGAGAAGGUGUUCGAGUGCAAGCAGUGCGGGAAGACCUUCAAGAGGUCCAGUACUCUGUCUACUCACCUGCUCAUCCACUCCGAUACCAGGCCCUACCCGUGCCAGUACUGCGGGAAGCGGUUCCACCAGAAGUCGGAUAUGAAGAAGCACACGUACAUCCAUACAGGUGAAAAGCCGCACAAAUGCCAGGUCUGCGGCAAAGCGUUCAGCCAGAGUUCCAACCUGAUCACCCAUUCCCGCAAGCACACCGGCUUCAAGCCCUUCGCCUGCGAGCUGUGUGGACGAGCGUUCCAGAGGAAGGUGGAUCUCCGCAGGCACCGGGAGACGCAGCAUGCGGACCUGAGACCGCCGCAGCAGCAUAUGCAGCCGCCGCAUACGGAUGUGCAUAGCAUGCAUGCACCUGAGAUGCAUAGCGUCGCUGAGCAUAGAUUAGAUCUCCGGCCGCCCCACCAUGAACUGCGGCCCCCCCACCCAGACUUCAGGGCCCACAUGAGCAACCCUGUGCCCCCCCUACAACCGCUACCAUCCUGAACGUCAUCAGCCUUCGCGCCAGCGGCCUGGCGUUGAGGCGUCCAAACACUACCAAAGAUUCACCUGAAUGGGAACGGGAAUGCAGCGGUAUUUUUUUUAACUAUCCUCAUUUGUUUUUCCUUUGAGGUCCUUUGUAAAUAAAAAGCUGUAAAUUGGUCUUCACUUAGAUACGCGGCCUUUAUUAUUGAUACUUCGAAUUGUUUGUAAUUUAAAAUUAUUUAUACAGCCGCUGCAACCCGCUUCUGUUAAACUUUUGACUUACAUAUGUUAGUAAAAGAUUGAGCAACUGCAACUAUUUUAAAUAUUUAAAAUGUGAUAAAGAAAUUAAUUGAAUCAUUUGUUACGUUAACUGGUUUAUCCAACAAAAAAAAAUAUUGUAAACCGUAUUAAUAGUGUCGCUUUCAAACUUUAAAAAGUCUUUUACUAAUACAAGUCUACCUAUGUCUGACUUAUGUAUUUUUCAUGUUAAUUGAUGUUUUCUUACAUUCUUAUUAACGCAAAAGUCAAGCAAUUAACUGUCACUAAAAAUAGAAUUACCAGUAAAAAGUAAUUUCCAUUCCAUGAACCAAAUUGUAAAGUAAGUAAUUGUGUUAUGACUCUUUGUUAUUGUGAGUUUUUGAUCUCAUUGUAUAAAUUAAAUAAAAGGCUGUUAUGCCAUACACAAUGUAUAAAUACAUUUUCUUGGAAAUUUUAGCAACUUGCUUUGUAUGGACUGACGCAUUCCAAAGAGGAGAACAAAGAAAUAUGUGUAAAAUAUACUUUUAAAGUACAAAUUGUCAUUCCGUUUGAAAAUAAAAUUUCCGCCAUUCAUUCCGUGGGUUAAGAUAAUAUUAAUAACGUCGUUAUAAAAACUAUAGCUUUUAUUCAGAACCAAAUAUUAUUUUAGGACAAAAAUAAAUUCAGUACAAUUUUAGUAGACACAUUACUUCAAUUAAACUUCGUGUAAGUAAUAUACUGUUUAGAUUGUAUCUAAUAUAUAGCUUCUAAAAAUAACGUAUCAAAUCUUUUGCUUACGUUUGACACGUUCUUUUUGGAAUUUGGAACAACCUGUAUAAAGCUGCUGACAAAUAAACGUCUUACGUUGCGUUGAGUGACUUGUUUCAUAUUUAAAAUCUAUGACAGAAUAUAAAUAUGAUUAUGUUAUAUAAAAUGUGUCACGCACGAGUGUCAGCAGCCUAAUAUUAACUCAUAAUGUAUAAAAUGUUGUCUAUUUUUACGACUAGUGUAUAAUUUGAGAGCACAUAGUUAUAUAACAAUUAAACAAUAGAUAAAUGUAG